CUGAAAGUGAAGGUCAGCUAUGGCCAUGUGAUGCAUGUCUGCUGUAAACGGUGUAUAGUCCUUGGAGAAAAAUUCAGGCUGCAAAUCUGCUUUGUUGUGGCGAGUUCAGCUGGUAGAUCUGGACCACUUCCCAAAAUCUUCGAGGGAGGAGAAAACCUGUUCCGUGGAGCAUCCUCAAAAUCGACCAGCCGACGCCAUUGCCCAAAGAAACCUGGCCAAGAGAGGAAGCCGGCCAUCUGCCCCACCAAACUCUCUAUCCUGAAAAAUGUCUACGUGGCUCGCCUCGUGAGCAAAGGCAUGCCGGAGAGGUUUGCCAAGGUCGGAGCCAAGGAUGUGACCAGGUUCAUUAAUGAGAAAAUCACUGAGCUGAGGAGGCUUGACUCUAGGAGGAAAGCUGCACAGGAAAAGUUUGACCUCGAGGGAGCUGUGGAACCAGAGGGCAACGCCUGAGCAACAGAGGAGGCCGAAUGAGUUUUCAUUUCAAUAAAAAUGUCAAAAAUCAUCUACUAGUGUUUCAUUGUCUAGUUAUC